CAGGCGUCCAGUGUAGGACACCCCACUAUGGCCACCACACCGGGCGCGAAGAGCCAAGGCAUGAAAUUUGCUGAGAAGCUGCUACACAGACACGGCUGGACUGAAGGGAAGGGUCUCGGCCGGAGGGAAAGUGGCAUCUCGGAGGCAAUCAAAGUCAAAGUGAAGUGCGACUCGGCCGGGGUGGGUCACAAUUCGGCGGAGCAGUUUACCUUCCAUUGGUGGGAUCACGUCUUCAACAAAACCGCCUCCAGCAUCUCCGUGGAGCCGGAUCAGGAUGGAGUUCAGGUGAAGAAAGUCACAGACGACGACAACUCCGCGGUGACGAACAAGAAGCCCCGUAAAGCACUUACCAAUCGGGACAUGCUGUACGGACGCUUUAUAAAAUCUGCCACCUUGCUAUCGGGAGGAGAGAAGCCGGUGGAAAAGGAAUCUUCUUCUUCAGACAGCAGUGAGGACGAGGAUGAGAAGCUGGAUCUGUCCUCUGCUACCAAACUGACGGAUGACGACCUUGUGAAGAUCUGUGGGGGGCGCACCGCUCACAAGGGAGCUCGGCAUGGCCUGACGAUGAGCGCAAAGCUAUUAAGAGUCGAAGAACAGGAGAGGACUUUCCUGGAAAAAUACGGGAAGAAGGAACCGAGUGGAGAACCCGCGAAGCCUAGCAGAGGGCUGUCCUCGGAUACAAAGGCGGAGACUGGAAGAAAGAAGGAAAAGAGCCGACCGGUUAUCGCCAAUGAAGACGUCUCAUCCAACACCACACAACCCAAGAAGAAGAAGAAAAGGAAGACGGUCAAAGAUGAAGCAUUGGAAGAGGAUGGAACCAAUGGUCAGGAGGAACAUGUUCCUUGGAAAGAAGAAGACACCAUGACAUCAAAGAGAAAUGUAGACAGUGAAGACUUGUUGGAUGUUCUUAGUGGUGAAGCUUCUUCAAAUAAAACUGUAGAGGAAGACCCAGCCAGAGGACUCAACCACGGCCAACUUCUAGACUUAAAGUACUCCAAGAAGAAAAAGAAGAAAGUUGCUGGUGAGGAGGUCACAGAAGAGGCUGAAGACCAUGCUCGAGCUAUGCAAGAGGACGUACGAUCCUCAAAGAAAAAGAGGAAAGUUACUGGUGAGUCGGUCAAGGAAGAGGCUGAAGAUCCUGAAGACCAUGCUCGAGGUAUUCAAGAGGACGUACGAUCCUCAAAGAAGAAAAAGAGGAAGGAUGAGGGGAAGGAGGAGGAGGAGGAGAAGGUUGAGGAGCUUCUCUGUGGCCACCAAGAUUGGGCUCCUUCAGAACUGUCAAAGAAGAAAAGGAAGUCGAGAAGAGACCUGGAAGAGAAGGUUGAAGAAGAACGGGAUGAGUCCACAGAAGAACAUGUCCAAUCUGGGAAAAAGAAAAAGCAGAAGAAAGUGGAAGAAGUUGAUGACCAGGCGUCUAUGGAAGAGGAACGAUGCCAAACUAUAAAGAAGAAAAAGAGCAAAAACAAGUACAGAGACCCUCCUACCCCAGAGGAGGAGCCGGAACAAGCUGUAGAAGGCGCUGAACACAGGAGCAAGAGUAAGAAAAAGAGGAAGGAGUAG